ACACGCUCGCGUCAACUUGACGACGCAGGUAUUGGUUGUACAGCAGGUGUACAGGCGCUACCGGUCCCCGCUUUAUACACAAGAUCCCUCCCUGCUCUGUGUUAGUGGUCAGUGAGGAAGAGUGCAGGGAAUCCCGCCGUUGUCCUAUGAAUGGAAGUCCAUGCAGUGUCCAUCCGGGCGGCCUGGGCCCAAUGGGCUGUCCUAUUAGCCCUGACGGUGCCCGCUGUCUGUAAGGGCCAGUCACAGAUUGAAGAACCUCGUCAGCUCCGCCUGAACCCGCUUUUCAUUGAACUGAUGGGGUUAAAGGUCAAUGCCAAAAGGUCGGCGGAUGACCCAGGGACUCCACAUAACAUGAUGGCACUGACAACAGACCGACCGUCAAUGUAUACAUCUACUGUAUCACAGACUGACGAAAUCAACUCAGCACAGACUAACGCAAUCAACUCAGCAACAACCAGUCCGGUGCCAUCCACAACAAUAGAAACAACAACCACGCCACAAACAACAACCACACCACAAACAACAACCACGCCACAAACAACAACCACGCCACAAACAACAACCACGCCACAAACAACAACUACAACAACAGUGACGACUGGCAGUCAUGUGACAACAACAUCUGAAUACACAACAACAACAACGACGACAACAACAACGACAAAACCAGUGACCCUCUCUAGUCGGACAACAAAGACGGACACAAACUCACCGACAAUACCGCCGAAGGGUGACGCCUCCUCUAGAGAGGACUCCGAGGACGAUUUCGACCAUGAGUUGGCCAUCAUUUUUGGGUCCAUGCUUGGGGCCAUGCUGUUAGUGUUUUUCUGUUAUGGAGUUGUUAGAUGUUACAGACAGGAAAAAGUAGAAUUCAACAAAACGCAGCAAAAUUUUACUGGUUGAAUUAGUAGAACCGUUCGUUUAUGUAUAUGUUGAUAAUAUUAGAGAAUUUUGAAUUUACUUACCAUGUAUUUAGAGAGAGAGAGAGAGAGAGAGAGUGAGAGAGAGAGAGAGAGAGAGAGAGAGAGAGAGAGAGAGAGAG